GAUUUGAUCUAUCCGUGGUACGAAUUAACAUUUAAAACGCGGCAAAUUUCAACUUCAAGAUAGUUGUAUGAUUUCUUAAAAAUGGCAAAGGUGAAAUUCACAAAGACAAAUCAGAAAAGAAAGGAGCUGUUUCCCGUCGACAAGAAAUCUAAGGUUAAUAAACAAAAUUCAGAAAAUGGAAAAAAGAAAAAACUGACCAAGGUUCCAGCCAAUCGGACGAAAAGCAAUAAGGAACAGUCUACUGUAAAUAUAUCAACAGUAGACAAAACUAAUGCCACACAUGGAUUAGAAUUUGAUAAAGAUGACACAAGAAAAGUUACAUUCACAAAGGAACAAAUGGAAAACUGGAAACCUUUGUCUGAGGAAACAUUCAAGAAUGUGGCCAGAACUAUUGAAACAGCAAAACAGUUAAUUCUUAAUAGGUCACAUGGUCUGUAUUAUGAUAGUGUUAAAUCAGCAGUCGAUUUAUCGGAGAAAAGAGUUUUGGCAAGUCUCAAAAUGAUUAAGGUGCCACAUCAACAUGGACAAAAAACUUUCCAACAGAUUACGGGAGCUGCAGCUGAAAAUCUUGACCAAUUAGAAUUACAUGAAUGUGAACUUGAAUUUAGGAUUUCAAAACAGAAAGAUGCAUGUGAAAAACUUGAAGAAGAGUUGGAAAAAAUUGCAGCAACCAUGGAGAAUUCACAAAUGCAUCCAUUGCUGCAAAAAGACUUUAAGACAUCUCUCACACUUCCUGCAUAUAAGAAAUGGGAGACUUGAGGAUAAUUGGACUUGUUGAAGUAAACUCUAUCCAGUAUAUACUUAUGUUACAUGUAUAUCACUUUUGUUAUCAAUUAUACAUAGAUUAUCUUUACUAUAAUAAUUCACCAAACAAAUGUUUUGUGUGCUAGUUAAUGAAAAAAUAAAUAAAUUAAGCCGUUAAAGUAUUUUUAA